AUGCAGCUGCAACAUACCCUCAGCGAGUUGAAGAAAGAAGGGCCCCCUUCGGGCGAAGGAGAACAAGCAAGAAAACCGACCCAAGAAGAGUCGGCGGUUCAACAGGAUUACAACCAUUGCAUGCGACGUCUCCAAGCGAACCUCGCCUACUUGGCAGCCCUAGCCGACAGGAAGGGCAACGUUCAAGUCCCGCCGUCUCCUGCGUAUCUCUCCUCCCCGCCAUUGAACAUGACGCUGAAAAUACGAAACUCGACACCCCCCGGUGACAUCCCCGAAAACAACCCGGACCCGGUAGCAGACCGCGAGGAGCGAUCCAAAUAUCUCACCGAGUUGUACACGAAGCUCCAAGCGCUGUUCCCUAAUGCCGAUCCAAAGAAAGAGCCGGCAUUCCAGACCCCGGCCCGCCCGCAGGGUCAGCAAGGACCGCAGGGUGUGGGACAAGGCCAACGGCCGCCGAGCCAUCACGCCAGCCCCGCCAUGGCCCAGGCCCAGAGACCGAUGCAGAUGCAGAACAUGCCCGGGCAACAUCAAUCGCAAGGAAUGGUUCCGUCAUAG